CCUUCGCCCUCGUCCAUGGUCUCGCAUCCUCCUGGCCCGCCGUCUCCGAUCUCUGCAAUCGCCGCCGGACAAUCGUCGAGCACCAGUAGGAGUCGUAGAGAGAAGCCUAGGUUGCAGCUUGCGCCGGACCAGCCGUUGACGACUCAAGGCAAGCCUCGCGCCCGAGUUUAUGUGGCAUGUGUCCAAUGGUCCGCUUCAGCCGUUGCCACCGGGAGCGGCCAAGACAUCAAGCCACUGGCUCGAAUUGAGCUUCCCGCGGAGCCAUCGAUGAAGUUCGCCCGCGAAAUAUGGUGGGACGUCCUCCUAGGUCACUACGCGUGGUCUGUCGAGCAAUCGCACGGAUCUGCGACAUUUCUGGCCCCGGGCGCCCGGGAGUCCGCUAAUCAGCAAGUCACAUCUGACCUGCGCUUUUUUUUUCGUUGUUCACUACAUUGGCUGGCGUUCAUGAACCCCUCGCGCCUGCUGCGUCAGCUACAGGAUCCAGCCAUGAGAGCCACCCUGCAGCCAAGUUAUGUAUGGGCCGCGCUCGCGCUCGCAACAUUUUUUCAGAGCUCGGACCUGGAGUCUGCGCAGGGAGCACGAGGCAGAGAGAGGGCGCUGCGGAUGCGAGAUGAGGCACAGAGCGCGUUGGAGGCAAGCCUGGCGGCGAGAUGGAUUGACAACGGAUUGGCGCAAGCAAGUUGGCUGCUCGCCUUCUUCGAGACCUGCGCACAUCCCGUGCAUUCCACAGCACGCGUGUCCGCGGCCAUGUCCACACUUGACUCAGUGAUUCGCUACUUGUCUCUGACCACGCUGGACGCCGACGAUCCUCGCGUGACCAGGUUCGCACAACGGCCGCCUGUAGCAGGAGUCACUGGCCCGGAGCCAGGAAACGAGGGCAGGACCCUGCAGGGGGCGUCUCCCCAACAAUCCCUUUUGCAAUCCGUCCAGCAACGACAUCCGCAGGAUAGAUGCUGGUGCUCUUUCUAUACACUUGAACGUACGUCUCCCAAUUCCGUGGAACUCGUACCGGGAUGGAGCCAUACGCUGGCGGUGACCACGUUGACCGACGCCGAAGAGAGAAGAGAAGAGUCUCGACGCCUCGUCUGGAGUAGCAUCAGCCUCACUGCGAACUGGACCGCCUACAACGCAGCAACUCUCACGCCGCAGAUUAACCUUCCCAUCAUUGACCCUGCCAACUAUGCGAUUCUGUUCCCCGGCGAGUCGACGUGGGCCGCUGGUGGCCCCGCCGCGAAGGAUUCUGUUUGGGCGUUAUCCAUGCGCUCGCUCAUGCUAUGGCACACAUGUGUGCACAUGCGCAAUGACGUGAACAUGAACAAUGCGUUACGAGCACACCUUAGUAGGGCUGUUUGGCAGGAGAUAUGUGUAAUCGAAGAUGCGCUUGAUGGCCAUACAUGCAAUAUAGAAAGGACGUUUCUCUUCUUUCCCCGGGAUUUCCUAUUCCUCUCUCGUUUGUGUAUCAUCGAUGGGCUCCAACGACAUGCUUUACACGCCGAAAUCGAUAAGAACGUUGUCCGGCAGAAAACGGAAGAAUGGCUGCGGCACCAUGGCACAAUGGCUCGACGCAUCAUGAACGGCUUACACACAGUUACAGGACAACCCUCGACUAGCCUUUCCGUGCGUCCGUUCCUGACCUGGUGGUUCAUUGCUCAAGUGUCGAGGAUGCUCAAUUUGUGGUCUAAUGACGGCUCGCUCACGAUCGCGCUGCAGUCGAUCAAGUCCAUAUUCGCACCGUUAGAGUAUUUAAUGGCUCUGUGGCCUUGUGAUGAGGCCAAUCGUAGGUUUCAGGACCUCCGAAAAAGAGUGCGUGCGGUAUGUCAUGCUGCCGGUGUUCGCCCACCCAUGCCA